CUAAUUGGACUUCUUACGAAUUUUUUUAUUGCUUAAUAUACAUUUUCAACAUUCAAUUGGUCAACAAGAAUUCCCAUCUCUUGCACAACCUCACACUGGGCUACAACAUCCAUAACAACUAUUUGAGCACUUUCCGCACUUCAGAUGCCUUGCUGGAUAUUCUCUCCACUGGAGAAGCCAAUGUCCCCAACUACAGCUGUGGAAGGAAGGAGAACCUCCUGGCUCUUCUUGAUGCAGCUGACAGGGAUAUCUCCAUCCAGAUGUCAACAUUAGGAGGCACCUACAAAGUCCCACAGAUCAGUCAUACAAUUGUUUCAGAGGCUCUGAGUGAUAAAAGCCAAUUCCCCUUUUUCCACAAAAUGUUCCCCAAAGAAGGAUUCCAGUACCCAACAAUUGUCCACCUGCUCCUCCAUUUCAGAUGGACCCUGAUUGGCCUCUUUGCUUCAGACACAGAAAAUGGAGAGAAUUUCAUGAGGAUUUUUCCUCCUGUGCUUGUCAGGAGUGGAAUUUGUGUGGUUAUAUCACAACGAUUCUCAACGACUGGAUACACAACAGCCCUCAGGGAUUCCCUCUCUAAGUGGAGACAAGUCAACGUCUUUGUUCAUUUCAUGGAAUAUGAGUCCAUUUGGGAGAGAAUUCUUCCUUUCCAUUUAACAUUUAUGCGUCUGCCAGGACCCAUUGAAGGGAAAGUCUGGAUCCUCACAAAUUUUGCAGGGUAUAAAAUGAACAAUCGUAGACUUCUCAAAUACAUCCAUAGUAUUUGGAUCUUUGGUUUUCUGGCAAAAAUAAGGCCAAAGGAUUCUGCCUUUGAACCCCAUUUCUUUGUGGAAGAUCAGUUUCAAGAUCAUUAUUUCCACUGUUCUCUUUCAAAGAACGUCUUUUCUGUCAAAGGCCGCAGAAGAUGCACCCAGAAAGCCCCACUGGAGACCCAGGAGAAAAGGAACAGAAGACGGAUCGCAAAUUACUACCAUCAUUACAGUAUGAUGAAGACUCUGGCCCAGGCCUUGAAUGCCGCUUAUUCCUCCAGAUUGAGGAGGAGGAGAAGGAAGGAGGGAGAAAAGAAUUUGGGGUCUCCAAGGCUGCAGCCGUGGCAGUUUCAUCCCUUUCUGGAGAAGAAUGAAUUUUGGAAUAUUUCUGACAGAAAACUGUACUUGGACCAAAAUGGAGAGAUAAACGCAGAUCUGGGCAUCAGAAUCUUCUUGAUUCUCCCUAAGGAGGAUCCCAGGAGAGUGAUUCUGGCAUAUUCUCUAAGACAGAGACUUACUAUCAAACAAGAUGCUCUUUCACGGCUAAAGUUGCUGAAUAAGUCUCUGCCUGAGUCCAAAUGUGUGGAAAGUUGUCAUCCUGGAUUUGUCAAGAGGGCUCGAGAAGGAGAGCCAGUUUGCUGCUACGACUGCCUUCCUUGUCCGGAGGGGACCUUCUCCACUCAGGAAGAUACAAAAAAAUGCACCAAAUGUCCAGAUGAUAAAUAUCCAAAUGAGGCCAGAGUCCAAUGUAUCCCCAAAGUUAUAACUUUCCUGUCUUAUGAAGAACGUCUGGGCAUCAUCCUGGUCUCUUUUGCCCUACUCUUCUUCCUAACAACAGGCCUUGUUUUAAUCAUCUUCAUUAAAUACCGAGAAACUGCCCUUGUCAAAGCCAACAACAGGGACCUCUCCUAUAUCCUCCUGGUCUCCCUUCUGCUUUGCUUCUUGUCUUCUUCUCUCUUCAUUGGUCAACCAAGGAAAUCCACCUGCCUUCUCCAACAGACAGUCUUCAGCCUCAUCUUCUCAGUGGCCAUUUCUUCUCUCUUGGCCAAAACCAUCACGGUUGUGCUGGCCUUCCUGGCUACAAAACCAGGAAACCGAGUGAAGAGAUGGUUGGGGAAGAGCUUGGCCAACUCCAUCAUCUUCUCUUGUUCUGCUGUCCAAAUUAUCAUCUGCUCCACCUGGCUGGGAGUUUCUCCCCCUUUCCCUGACUCUGACCUCCACUCCCAGCCUGGAGAGAUCAUCCUGCAAUGCAACGAAGGGGCCGUUGUCAUGUUCUACGUCACCCUCAGCUACAUGGGCUUCCUGGCUGCCAUCUGCUUCACGGUGGCUUUCCUGGCCAGGAACCUGCCUGGGGCCUUCAACGAAGCCAAGCUGAUCACCUUCAGCAUGCUGGUCUUCUGCAGUGUCUGGGUGACUUUUGUGCCCACCUACCUGAGCACCAAAGGGAAAUACAUGGUGGCUGUGCAGGUCUUCUCCAUCCUGGCCUCCAGUGCUGGUCUGCUGGGCUGCAUCUUCAUCCACAAGUGCUACAUUAUCCUUCUGAGGCCGGACCUCAACACAAAGGAGCAGCUCACAGCCAGAACAAAUGUAAAAACAUGAAAUAUAACACAAAUGUGAUAUUGAAAGAAUUAUUAGAUUUUCUUUUAUUUGAAAGGAUAUAUUCUUUCCAUUUAGAUAGUAUGCAGGAGUCAAAGAAAAUCAUUUCUAUAUGUUCCAAAUUUGGGAAUUAUUGAAUUGUUCACAAAGGAGCAGCUUACAGCCAGAAGAAAUGUGUAAAUGUGAGACUGAUGAAUUUCAACUUUUAACAUUUUCCACAGUCCAAACAUAGAAAAUGGUCCAAGCUCUUCUCCAUGCAUGAGUGGGCCAACUAUUUUUCUUGAAAGAAAUAAAGGGUGUGUGGAAGAUUGUGAGGAGACAAAUUUCUUGGAGAAAUAGAAGCAUGUUAGCAAGACAGAAAUAUAGAAGGAAUGUAUGGAGCAACGUUGAUGCCCUCAUUUCUCAGUACAUUUCACCCAAACUGCUGUGGCAACUGAGAGGUUUCUUUUUGUUUGCACAAUAACUCUUUCUUGAGGGUAGCAACAAUACAAGGGUCGGGAGAUAACUUGAGUGAAUAUUCAUGCUUACAUCAUCUAUUAAAUGAAAUAUGUCUGAUUAUCAUUUUCUCCUCCUUUCCUCGAAUGUAUAAAUAUGAGUGCAUCCUUUUGUCUGUAAGAUUUCCUCCCAAUAUUUUCUGGAGGGAAAUUCCUCCAAUGGACACUGAAUAAAUAACAACUGCAGUGA